UUUUCUCUCACUUGAGGCUGGAAGCCAGAGCUAGUUGUUUUCGGAAUCCGGAAAUGAUGAAAAAUGUUUCAGAGCGAAAAAGUCUUUUUGGUGAAAGAGCAAAAGUGACGGAAUGGAGAAGACUGGGGUGAUGUUGCGAAAUUCGUGAGAGCAGCAGCCCAGAUUGAGUGUAAAAAAGGAUCUGGGAGGGGAAAAGCAGAAGAAAGAUUUCUUUCUUGCGCUAAGAAAUUAAUGAAGGAGGCGCUAAUGAAGUUUCGCUGAAAGGAAAAAAAAUGAAAAUGGGGACAAGGCGAACUUGAACUUGGAGCAGUUGACAUGUGUGAAAGGGUCGGAGAGUGACUUUCUUGCAAGGUUUUUCACUUGAUCUCAAGGAGAGAGACCUGGCCCAUGUCCCAGGAGACAGACGCGCCUCCUCCUCUUGGGCCUGCAGGGCCGGGGAAGGAACCUUCUCAGGAGACAGACCUGCUUCUUUCCAGACCACAGGAUGCAUCUGACAGUCCCUGUGAACCAGGACACCAAAGGAAAACAGCAGAGGCACUGAUUCACAGAAACCAGGCUGCAGAUGGGCAAGGCCAGGUAUCUUGGGGUACUUCCACCAAUGGUGAUCUCAUUCGAACCCAGCCUCCACCGAGUGUUUCAGCGCUGGAGCGAAGUGAGGGAGAAGUGGGCAGGCCCCUAAAGGGCCACGCAGGCCUGAGCAACGGAAGUGGGGUUCACAACGGGGUCACGCCCGCCAGGCCCGAGCACAGAAAACUCCCCUCUCCCGUGUCUCAGAAAGUGCACAGGAAGCUGCAGGCGAGCUUGUCCGUGAGCAGCGACGGCAGCAAGAAGAGCGCAGCCAGCUCGGCGAACUCUCAGAAGCCAGGAUCAUCACCUGAAGACUGCUGUGUUCACUGCAUCCUGGCCUGCCUCUUCUGCGAGUUCCUGGCCCUCUGUAACAUUGUGGUGGCCCAGGCGUCGUGUGGUACCUGUACCUCGGAGGCCUGCUGCUGCUGCUGCGGAGAUGACCUGGGGGACGACUGUAACUGCCCCUGUGACAUGGACUGCGGCAUCAUGGAUGCCUGCUGCGAGUCGUCAGACUGCCUGGAGAUCUGCAUGGAGUGCUGUGGAAUCUGCUUCCCCACAUAAGCCGCAAUCGACACAUUCAGUCCUAUAUAAAGGAGGUGGACAACUAGGGUGACCAGCGUUACAGAGAGAUGUACACAGUGAGAGUUUAACUGCUGAAGCUUCAUGCAUCCUUUUCCUUACUUCAUGACAUGGACGCAGAUUUCAGAAAGGCCUUUGUACUGGAGAGCACGCAAAAGCCGUUUGUGUACGUGGAAUUCUGCGACAACGUAAAAUCGACAUGAGCGUACUUUAAAAUUGUUGUAGAGUAGUAUUACCAACUAUGCAGAGCUGAGGUUAAAUUUAAGAAAUAAAAAGUAAUGUUUCAAGCUGUAGGCAACUGUAAUUUUAAGUUAACACAGCUAUCUUGUCUCUGAGGUUUAUUCCGAUGUGCUCAAGAAGAUCUUUUAUAGUACUAUUGGCACUUUCACAUUAUUCUUUGGGUAGGCUCUUUUAUGGAAGGGUCUGGAGAGUAUUGUAAUUUUUUUUUUACACAAAUAGAAGGAUUGAGCAGGAUUUUUGUCUUUCGUUGCAAAGACCAUCUAAAUACCAGUAAGGUUUUCCAAUGAAAUGACCAAAAGAUGUUCAGGUGGCACAGAGGCUUUGUGAUACUCUUAUCAGUUAAUGCCUUGAGUGCUUUAGAACCCACUGAGUUUCCUGGGUCUUAUUUCUAACAUUAUUGUUAAAUUCCCAGGCUUAAAAAAACAAUCAUAAAUGUAAAAUAUACUGUUUUUAGAAGAUUUAUUUUAACAUUGUCUACUGUAGUUUGGUAAACAGGUUAUCUUAUGUUUUUAUAUUAUUUUGUAUGAAUGACAACUGUAAAACUAAGAAAAAUAGAAAAUACAGUAAAUUUAUAAAAAAAAUGCUUAGAAUUUUUCUGUGUUCUUCCAUGCUUCUUCUAAAACUUUAACAUGUUUUUGAGUGUGUAAAUUCUAUAAACGUAAAUAUUCACCCUUAUGUGUAAGGGAUGGUAAUUGAUAUAGUACCAUCUUUAACAUUUUCUUUUUAGUUUCCACAAACAUUGUCUAAGUAACACCAUCUCAACACAAUUUAAAUUUGAUCAAUUGUUUAUCUUUAUAAACAUACACAUACAGAACAUUGGAUGUUUGAAAAAAUGCUAAGUCUGGUGUGUUCAUGAAACUUUUCUAAAGGUUUCUUAAAUAGUUUAUAGUUAGGAGCAUUUUACGUGUGUUAAAUAUGUGAAUAAUCAUGCUCAACUAUUUACAAAAGGCAGGGAUACUCGUUUCCUGGGAUUGAUAUUGGAUUUGAAUCAAUGUUUGUGGAUUACACAAAGCUGUGGAUGUAUGAUGUAUACUCUUUGCUAUACAGAGUGAAGUGGGUUUUUUUUUUACAGUUUUGUCCCACGCUGCGUUUUUGUUUGCUGUUGAGGAGUUUUCUGUAAACUCAGCAGCAUUUGUCAGUGCAGCUAACAUGCAGCCCUAUUAUUAGAACUUCUAGUUAAAUACUAGAGGAACUUGGUCUUUCUAUUCAGCCGAUUUCACUUUUUCACUGAAUAUCACUUUUUUGUUGUUUGCAUUUAUUUCCUUAUAAAUAUAAUUAUUUCAGGUCAUAUUGAUUUAAACUUUUCCCCUUUGACUGCUGUUUAGGGUUAGGGACUGGUAUUAACGGCCCACUUUUUACAAGCUAAAAAGUGAUUGUUGAAGCACUAUGGUAUUACUGUACAUCCUACCUUCGUUACCACCUUGUUAGGCAUGUCCAUUAUUGUAUUUGAUGAAAAGACUAUAUAAAGGACCAAAACAAAUAUACAUCUGUGAUUUCACACAGAAAAUGUCACCAAAUUUGAGGAAACUCUUAAGAGGAGAUUUAACAUGGUGCUUGAUAUUUUUAAUGACUGCUUUACAUUGUCUUCUGUGGUCAGUUUCUUUUGUUUUCCUCCAUAAUAUAUUAGCACAAAGUAUUUGUCUCUGAAGCAGAGAAUGUUUAGUAAUGCAUACUGUAUAGAUGCUAAUAGUAUUUUCUACUUAAUCUAUUCUGUCAUUUGUAGCCAUUAUAUUUUUCUACUGGUAGAAUUAACAUUUAAGUACCAUUUAUAGUAGAAACUCUCAAACUUAAAUGUAGAUAAUGUGAAAGUACUAUUUCCAUUGAUAAAAUAUUAUUUAUCUUCUCUAAAAGUACAGUUUUAGUUUUAUACCCUAUUAGACUUCAGUGUUUUCUUUUUCUGUUUUGUCUCACUGAUCCCCCCCCCAGCAUAUGCCAAACUUUACUGUGUGUAUAACGUUCGGGUGUAAACUGUAAAACUGAAUACUGUUGAAAAUAAAAUGCAUAAAGACUUAUA